CUUUUCCCAUAAUGCAACAGUCAACAAAGGAAGAGGGAGAGAAACGGAUUGUAGCCAAAGUGGCUAGCUAGCACAAAAAAAGAGGAAGAGAGAAAUGGGGCUGUCAUGAAACUUUAAGGAAUGUUUCUCUCAUUAAACGGGCAAAAACAGCCUUGGCUCAUCACGUGCAUGAGAUGAUGACAGACCACGAGCAGUGGGUGUUUAUGUGGUUAAGCAGCUCUUGUUCGUACGCCGGAUCUGUUACUGGGUUAAAGUUAGCUUAGCAGCUGUUUAUUAUCAGCACGCUAAUGAUAAAUGCAACCCUCGUCGUCAGAUUUACAGACACGUUCGACCCAGAUCCAUCUUUCUGAAGCAGGAAAGGGGGAUUAAGCUCUAUUUAAAGUGAUGAUGAAGGCUUUGGCGUUCACAUGAUUGAGAUUUCCCAGUCACAUGGCCAGACUCUGCGGUUAGCAUCCUUUGGUCAGCAGAUAGGACCGUCCCAUGCCCUCACCUGACUGGGUGUACAAGGAUGAAGAAGAUCAGUCUGAAGACGAUCAGAAAAUCACUUAACAUAAAGGGCAAAGAAGAUGGGGAUUUUGUCAUGCUCCAGCAGCCAUCAUUAGCGGCUGAGUUCACCAAGGAUGACUCUCUCUUCGGAGGCUGUUACACCAAAGGGCUGGUAGGUUGCGAUCUUAAUGGGGAGGAUGAGAAGGGUCAUAAGAACCGAUCGAAGAGCGAAAGUCUUAUGGGCACUCUAAAGAGGAGACUGUCUACCAAACAGAAAUCGAAAGUCAAAGGAGGCUCCACCUCGGUGGGCUCUGGAGAUGAUGACGACACCUUCUCUUCCUCAUCUGUCCCGAUAAGCUUUAAUGAAGUCAAAGCCCAGCGGCCCUUAAGAUCCUCGUCCCUCCGAAGCCAUCAUUACAGCCCUUCUCCGUGGCCUUUCCGGCCAGUCGUCUCUGAUGAGGCUUGCAUCAAGAUGGAGGUGAAAGUCAAAGCUAUGGUCCACUCCCCCAAUCCCAGUCCCUCCCUCAAUGGCAUCAGAAAGGAGUUCCAUGACAUCCAAUUAGAAGGUUUGUUCCAGGAUCAGAGCGAGUCUCUGAAGGACAUGGAUACACAGAGUGGCAACUUGCAUUUGAACAUUGAGGAUCACGUGCCUAUUGGACUCACACCUCAGGACUACAUCCAGUACACAAUGCCUUUAGAUGAGGGAAUGUUCCCAGAUUCGUCCCAAUCCUUCUGCUUGGAUGGUCCCUCGCCAAUGGAAGUGGUCGAUCAGGUCGAAUCUAGCUCGUUGCACGUGGAUCAGGGCCCGCAUGACCACAAUCUCAUGCCAUCGGACAUUCUCAUGGAGCAGGCGGUGAACGGACACCUUCCUGGUACUCCGGCGAUGGUCCUUUCCAAUUCCAGAGCUGACACACCUUUAUUUUCUCCUUCCCUGUCACCUCUUUCCAACAACGAUAUUCCGAGGACCCUCUCUGGGUUCAGUGGUGCAGACUCUCAUGUUGUUGAGAGAGUGAGGCACCACCUGAACUUUGACCCCAAUUCCGCUCCUGGUGUUAGCAGGGUGUACGAUUCUUUCCAAAGCAGCGGAACCAUGGUUGUAACAAGCCUUACGGAGGAACUUAAAAAACUGGCCAAGCAGGGUUGGUACUGGGGACCUAUAACUCGAUGGGAGGCUGAGGAGAAGCUCAUCAACCUUCCAGACGGCUCUUUUUUGGUGAGGGACAGUUCAGAUGAUCGCUAUCUACUCAGCCUGAGCUUUCGGUCACAGGGAAAGACGCUUCAUACCAGGAUUGAACAUUCGAACGGCAGAUUCAGCUUUUACGAGCAGCCUGACGUGGAAGGUCACACUUCCAUCGUAGAUCUCAUCGAGCUCUCUAUAAAAGACUCUGAAAACGGCGCGUUCUGUUACUCCAGAUCCCGUCUGCCGGGGUCUGCCAUGUACCCCGUUCGCUUGACCAAUCCCGUCUCGCGGUUCAUGCAAGUCCGUUCCCUGCAAUAUCUUUGCCGCUUUGUCAUCCGACAGUACACGCGAAUAGAUUUGAUUCAGAAACUGCCUUUACCAAACAAAAUGAAAGAUUAUUUGCAGGAGAAGCACUACUGAACGGACUGUAGUGGGAUAUGGUAGUAAAUUGCACUUUUUGUUGAAUGGCGCGUUCUUAAAACAGUUUACAUAUAUGGAGGUCAGGUGAUCAGUUGCGUAGGUUGACUAUCCGAUCUUCCCACAGAUAUAUGCGGUUAAUUUGUUGUUGCUCAUAUUUAGUGUUUUACAUUUUGCAGGUCUUUUCGGAGCAACGUGGUAAGUCUAGAAACCAUUUAGCAUUGGAAUGCCAUGCCUAAUACACAUUCAUAUUGAUUAUAUGAAUACGUUUUGCAGUAAUGCUAAAACUCUUAUCAAAGCUUGGAUUUGAGGAUCGGAUGUUGCAUUAAUGUGCUUCAUUCUUCAAUAGUUUUGCUGUGGUGUAAAGGUGUGGUCACAUUGGCAAAAUUUCGUGAGCAAAAGAGGUCUAUUUUCAGUAGUGAAGCACAGCUAAUAUAGAAAUAUAGCAUCUUUCUAUUGGUCAGUGUCGCAAAUCUAUUGCGAAAUCUGCGUGAGGAAAUCUUUCGCAAUUCCCAAUCGUGUCGAUUCCUAUUGAAAUUACUGGGUUUUCUGUCAUGAAAAAUUCACCGAGCAAUGAUGAAUGUGAUCGCACCUUUACAGCGAAUUUGCUUUUCUCUGGAAAUAUGAUGUCAGCCAUGUUUUUGGCAUGUUUUGAUAGUUUUCCUUCUACAGAUCGGUACUUUUAAUGAAACUUGCGAAUAUGCUGGAUGACUGAAUUUUGGUGAAAUACAGUUAUAAUGUCGAAUGCGUCAAAGUUCGACAGACAACUUUUGUAAGAGAAGUAUUUAUUUGGGAUUAAUGUUCUACAUUUAUUAGAGGUUAACAGUAAAACAUUUAUUCGUCCAUUAGACUUUUGUAGAUCUGUGCAACAACAAAUUCGGUUCAGUCAGGUAUGAGAAGGCCGCAAAAGAAAGGACUGUGAAUCACAUCCAAAAUGUUAUAGAAGAAUACAUGCGGAAUGCUACGAAUCUGUGAUGUUAUAUGAAAAGGGAGAUGGUAGAGAACAAAAGAGGUUUUGUUUUUUUAUUUCUGUUGUAUAGUGUGGUUUAUACAGUAUUCUUUU